UUGUAACUCAUGUCUGUAAACACACAAUCAAGUACAUAAUAACGUAAGAAACCAAACUAAUUAUACAAAAUGGUAUUAAACUAUUUAGCUUUAGACAAAUGGGCUCGGUUCGUUAAAAUAAUAGUCAAGAAUGGGGGCCCUAUUAAGUCUUUAGGGAAACUAUGGAGGCACGAUACACUGAAAGAAGGCAAGCUGGUGGGGACAGAUGCUUUUGGAAAUAAAUAUUUCGAGAAUACGUAUUACAUGAUCGGCAGAAGCCGAUGGGUGGAAUAUAAUCCUAUGGUCAAGUGGAACUAUGAUGCUAGUCAGGUGACUGCGGAAUGGUUCGGAUGGUUGCACUACAAAACAGACCGGCUGCCUAACGAGGACUGCGCUAAAUACUGCCUCAUGAGCUGCCCCUGGACUCGAUGCUGGUUGCUGCCUCACGAGGAGAACAUGACGGGCACAGAGAAGGCAUUCUACCCGUAUAGUACUACAAGAGCGCAUAUCUAUGUUUGGGAUGGUUGCACAGCUGCAAGACGCGGUUGUAAAACUAUUUCUCCGUGAAUUAAUA